UCCUGCGGGUUGCUGGAGGCUGGGGCGGCUGUGGAGCCUUGGGUGAGAGAGGGAGUGUGAGGGUGCGAAAGGUGAUCCUGACUGAGGGAGGGGACGCACUGCCGGGCGCCCCCAUCCUAUGGAGCGGGGUAAGAUGGCGGAGGCGGAGAGUCUGGAGACGGCGGCAGAGCACGAACGGAUCCUGCGAGAGAUCGAGAGCACCGACACGGCCUGUAUCGGGCCCACGCUCAGGUCUGUCUAUGAUGGGGAAGAACAUGGACGAUUCAUGGAGAAGCUUGAAACUCGAAUACGCAAUCAUGAUCGUGAAAUUGAGAAAAUGUGCAACUUUCACUACCAGGGCUUUGUGGAUUCUAUUACUGAGCUGUUGAAAGUGAGAGGAGAAGCUCAGAAACUCAAAAACCAAGUGACGGAUACUAAUAGAAAACUACAGCAUGAGGGAAAGGAACUGGUAAUAGCGAUGGAAGAGCUGAAGCAGUGUCGACUACAACAGAGAAAUAUUUCUGCCACUGUUGAUAAAUUAAUGCUGUGUCUUCCAGUCCUAGAGAUGUACAGCAAGUUGAGGGAACAGAUGAAAACAAAAAGACAUUAUCCUGCACUGAAAACUCUGGAACACCUAGAGCAUACUUAUCUGCCUCAAGUAAGCCACUAUCGAUUCUGCAAGGUGAUGUUGGACAAUAUCCCCAAGCUACGGGAAGAAAUAAAGGAUGUUUCUAUGUCUGAUCUCAAAGACUUCCUGGAGAGCAUCCGCAAGCAUUCAGACAAAAUUGGAGAGACUGCAAUGAAGCAAGCUCAACAACAAAGAAACUUGGAUAACAUUGUCUUGCAGCAACCCAGGAUAGGCAGUAAGAGAAAAUCUAAGAAAGAUGCAUACACAAUCUUUGAUGCAGAAAUGGAAAGCACUAGCCCCAAAUCUGAACAGGAUUCAGGAAUUCUUGAUGUAGAAGAUGAGGAAGAUGAUGAAGAGGUACCUGGGGCCCAAGAUUUGGUGGACUUCUCUCCUGUUUAUCGAUGCCUACAUAUAUAUUCUGUCUUGGGUGCCCGAGAAACAUUUGAGAACUAUUACCGAAAACAAAGGCGAAAACAGGCUCGUUUGGUACUCCAGCCUCCAUCUAACAUGCAUGAAACUCUAGAUGGCUACAGGAAGUAUUUUAAUCAAAUUGUAGGCUUUUUUGUGGUUGAAGAUCACAUUUUACAUACAACACAGGGCUUAGUAAAUAGAGCCUACAUUGAUGAACUAUGGGAAAUGGCACUUUCAAAAACCAUCGCAGCACUCCGUACCCACUCGUCUUACUGCUCUGAUCCAAACCUUGUGUUAGACUUGAAGAACCUCAUUGUGCUUUUUGCCGAUACGCUUCAGGUAUAUGGUUUUCCUGUAAACCAACUUUUUGACAUGCUGUUAGAAAUCAGAGACCAGUAUAGUGAAACACUGCUGAAGAAGUGGGCAGGUAUUUUCAGGAAUAUACUUGACUCAGACAACUAUAGUCCCAUACCAGUCACAUCUGAAGAGAUGUAUAAAAAGGUGGUAGGACAAUUCCCAUUCCAAGAUACAGAGCUGGAAAAGCAACCAUUCCCCAAAAAGUUUCCUUUCUCUGAAUUUGUGCCAAAAGUUUACAACCAGAUUAAAGAAUUUAUCUAUGCCUGUCUGAAGUUUUCAGAAGAUCUUCAUCUAAGCUCCACUGAAGUUGAUGACAUGAUUCGUAAAUCUACAAACCUACUGCUGACUAGGACUCUGAGCAACUGUCUGCAAAAUGUCAUUAAAAGGAAAAAUAUUGGGCUUACUGAGCUUGUCCAGAUUAUUAUCAAUACCACACACCUGGAGAAAUCAUGUAAAUACUUGGAAGAAUUCAUCACCAAUAUCACUAAUGUGCUUCCAGAAACAGUCCAUACCUCUAAGCUUUACGGUACAACAACUUUUAAGGAUGCUAGGCAUGCAGCUGAAGAAGAGAUUUAUACCAAUUUAAAUCAGAAGAUUGAUCAGUUUCUACAGCUAGCAGACUACGACUGGAUGACAGGAGACUUACACAACAAAGCGAGUGAUUACCUAGUAGACCUCAUUGCCUUCCUGCGCAGCACCUUUGCUGUAUUCACACACCUUCCUGGAAAGGUGGCACAGACUGCAUGUAUGUCAGCUUGCAAGCACUUAGCCACAUCCUUGAUGCAGCUUUUGCUGGAAGCUGAAGUAAGGCAGCUCACUUUGGGAGCAUUACAGCAGUUCAACCUGGAUGUCAGUGAAUGUGAACAGUUUGCCAGAUCCGGCCCGGUGCCUGGGUUCCAGGAGGACACGCUGCAGUUGGCCUUCAUCGACUUGAGACAACUUUUGGAUCUCUUCAUUCAAUGGGAUUGGUCAACCUACCUUGCUGACUAUGGGCAGCCCAACUGCAAGUACCUCCGGGUAAAUCCAGUGACGGCUCUUACCCUGCUUGAGAAGAUGAAGGAUACUAGCCGCAAGAACAAUGUGUUUGCCCAGUUUCGGAAAAACGAACGAGACAAGCAGAAAUUGAUUGACACUGUGGCCAGGCAGCUUCGAGGACUCAUCAGCAGCCACCACUCGUGAAAGCCAGCCCUGGGCCCGCACCGGCUGCUUGCUGCAGUUUUGCAGUCUGGGAUCCAGCCGAGGCUGGUCCUGUAUUUGUGCAUUCUUCCUCAAAAGAGAGCAUAUGUAUUUUUUUAUUAACCCCUGUACAGUAUUCACAUAGCCUUUCCCUACAGUAAAAGAUGCAUAAGAAUAAGCAAAUACACAAAAUGUUGCUAGGCAGGGACUCGGGAAGCAGUUACAACACUAUCCGUCUUAGCCUAGGAGGGGUAGCAUUAUUGGUCUCAAUGUGGGGAAACACUGUUCAUCCAUCUGUGGCUCUACAGUUUAGAUCUGGGUCCCAGGAUCACACAAACCAAGAAGAUAGUUGGAUUGGGAAGGUGAGGUGAAUAAACAAAAAGAUAAUGAAAGAUAACCUGUUGGCUCUUGGGUGCCCCAUUCACCAUAUAGAUAAGGAAACAGAUCCUUCCUGGCACCAAAGGACCUGGGAAACAUUACUGCUUAAUGACACUAAAGACAGCACAUAAUUCUAUAUGUCCAUCUCCUUUGUCUGCUGACUUUCAUUAGGUGGUGAACAAGCAGGGCCUAUGGCAAGAUGACAGAUUCACUUUAAAACCCCAAGGAUGGCAGUUUCUUUAACCCAGAUCUAACCCAAGAUCUCUACUGCUUAUUUUCCUGGGUUAACAUAGCUGAAUAGGAAGCAAUCAAACCAGGACUCCAUGAUAAACUGCAGGUUGUUUUCAUAUUGGGAGUAUUGAGUCUCACGCUGCCUAGGGCAUUUGUGUGGAUCUCCAAAGCCAGUUUGAAUCAGAGCCUUGAUUCCUCCUCAUUCAUCUCAUUCCCUUCUGUCAUGGUGAGAGCACUUGAUUCAUUAGGUCAACAGUUACCACCAUAAGUUCUCACAAGAAGCAUGAGACUUGUCUUUUCCAGCAACAUCACUGAAAUCAGUUGGGUCUCUUAUACCUGAAAAUAGCCCUAAUUUACACUUUGAGAAAAUCUAAGACUUACUUAGGAUUAUUCAUUCAUGUUUUCAAAACAGCACUUUUCUGACCAUCUUUAAAAGAAAUAUCACUAGCUCUGCACCAUAGGGGCGGCUGUGGCUAGACUAGACACCUCGAGUGAUGGAGCCACUGCCACCAUGAAGUUAGAUGGCCAACUAUGGCUCAUGGCUUGAUGCUCUUGGCCAAACCAAUGUUUACUGAGUUAUAUGCUGGAUACAAAGCUCUUCCUGCUGAAGCUCAAGGCCUCCAUCCUUUUCUGAGAGCCCCAAAGCCAUCUUUUUGCCUCAUCUGAGAACAAUUGCCUAAUAUCCUAUUUCCCAAACGCUGGAGCCUGGGUUUAGCUGGAAGGCUAUAAUCAUCAUCACAGAUCAACUCCUGAGACUUCAUGCAUGCAAGGACCUUCCCAUGAGGUCAGUCUGAGGAACCUACAUACUAAGACCCUGCAGGAAGAUGUUACCAAGGCAACUGGGAAGAAUAUAAAUGAGCUUCAGCAACAAGUCACAUAGUUUUUUCUACCUUGGAUUAUUGGGAGGAGAGAUUCAUCCAACAGAAGGCUUCACUAUCUUUCUUAGCUACUAAGUUGCUUCUGGGAAAAGCAGGACUUCCUCUUUUGUUCCUUCUCCUGUCCACGUCAUACCCGAUCACAUCUUGACUACUACUGAGGAAGAGAAUGUGCACAUAAUUAUACAACCUCCUCGGCACUGGAGAGACAAGACAACAUGUGUCUUCCUGUAGAAUCUUGUGAAGACUCAUUCUGGCCCAGAGUUUUAGGAUGAGGGUCACAGAACAACAAUACAACAAUACUACUCAACACUUGAUCAGGUUUUGACAACAAGACCAAGAUGACCUCCAAGCCAUGAAUUUUGUUGAAAAGGAUAAGAAAUUACACUACCUUGAAGUCCUGUUGCUUGAGAAAGAACUAAGAUCCCCUCCUUCACUCACACUCAGUUUUCAGCAAAUUUCUUCAGCUUUCAGUGCUAGGGCUUUAGAGAAAAUGAAAUUAAUCUCAAGCUUGUUCAGUGUUGAUGUUUCUUGAGGUAUUUUUGCUGCAUUACUCUUCAACUUCUACCAUGGAAGGGCCAUAUUGUGGAGGCAAAGGGAAUGGUGUGGAGGAAUAGAGGCUACUCUGUACCUUCCGCACAAGAGUCCUGCUAAAGAGAAUGCUUAUUCAAGUCAUACAGCUGUGCUUUCUGGGGUAUCUACUCUUCUCUCUCAGUCUGCCUAUAUUCUAACAAAACAAACAAGCAACACAACAUGCUGCUUCUCAGUGGUAUUAGAGAUAGAACUAUUGGGGAGUCAGGGAAGAUUAAAAAAAAAAGUAGGGUCCAGGAAUGUCAAUGUUUUUUUACUCAGUUAGGCAGGAAAUGUUUAGUUUUGUCUGUAGGCCCAUAGCCAAGUUAACAACCAAGAGCACUUGUGCCAAUGCCCCAUAAGACUCCUCAGAUCUGGCCUCAAAUGCCUACAUAACUAGAAGUGCCCUGGAGGGCCUCAAUAAAGGGAUGAGAAUAUGGAUGUCUUCUGACCACCAUGAAUCUUUGGUCAAGUUCCUGGGAACAUAGGGUCCACGUUCCUGAAGAAUCUGAGACCCCAUUAGCUUUCAGUGAUAAUAGAGGCAGCUUGCUUAGUUUUAGCACUCAUAAGAAA